AUGGCCGACGUCCCUCAACUCGUCAAAAUUGGGAUUUCCUUGAAGAUGCUUCCCAACAAUACCGCAGUGUACUUCAAGUCCGACGGCGCCAGGUUUGGACAGACCCGGACCAUCAAGCUGCUGACGGGGUCCAAGUACAAAAUUGAGGUGGUCAUUAAACCAGGAGCGGUCGAGGCCACGUCAAUGAGUGUGGGUGGGGUGACCUUCCCCCUGGAGCAGCAGUCCAAAGACCCACAGUCAGUGGUCUAUACUGGGCAGUAUGACACAGAAGGGGUGGCACACACCAAGAGUGGAGAGAGGCAACCAGUUCAAAUCAACAUACAGUUCACAGAGGCGGGGAUGUUUGAAACGGUGUGGCAGGUGAAGUACUACAACUACAACAAGAGGGACCACUGCCAGUGGGGAAACAGCUUCAACAGCAUUGAAUACGAAUGCAAACCCAACGACACUCGUACACUCAUGUGGGUCAACAAGGAGAUGUUUGUUUGA